AUGCCCGACCAGUUAGUUUCGACUACUGUGACGGCCCUCCUCAAAAUAGCCAGUGGUCAUCCACAGUACCGAGGUGGCGCUUUCAAGGCCAUAGUGGGGCUUGCUACCGAAAUUGUUGAACGCUUCAAGACCGCAGAUCGUGGGUCUUUCUCCACCUUUGGCGAACGUAAAGAUAUUGACACAUAUCUAGCCUUCGACGUCUUAUCGCAGUAUGCCCCCGCGUUCCACGGGUUGUACAGGGCUAUCAUUUCUAUCCCAUUUGACUGGACCUCCGCAGAGUGGUGCACAUUGGCUGAGCAACUUAACCCUCUAUUCGCCCCCGACAUUGUAGAGCGUCUCAACAGACUUCCAGUCGAGGCGCUAUCCGGCAAGUCCGAGGAGACCCUCGUCUCGCGCUACGUUUCACGCGGCCGCCCUCUCACCGGCUACUUCAUCGUCUGCUGCGUCAUCGAAGCCCAAUGGACUAUCCUUGCCCAGGCUCUUGGUCGCGAUUUCUCAGCCGAGGACAUCGUCUUAUCGCCCACUCCACAAGAGGCAGAGGCAGCCGGCAUCGCGUGGCUCAAGCUCCAUCGGUACCUUGAGCCUGGCUCUGGCCUUAACGAAGACAAUGAGAAGGAGGUGGUGCGGGCCACGUUGAAGCACGCUUUACAGACCUUCACUACUCUUCUCGUUCAAAUCGAGGCGCUAGACACCGACCCUGCGGAAGAUAGCUAUGCUUGGGAGACUAUGUCGGAGAGUCUGAAACUCGCUGCUGUCUGCUCUGUUGCUUUGAACGAACUGGAUGUUGGACUCUACGACCGUCUAAAAGCGCUGCUCAGUGCUGACUCCCCGAUCUUCGACAACCUGAUACAGGAAGCCGCGCUCAAGUCCACGAGUAUAGUCGUGCGAAGCUUCCCUGACAUCGCGGCUUCGAUGGCGAACCACUUGAGACGCUUCGUAACGUCGCCACUCUCCAUCUUUGAAUUCGAAUUCGCCACCACCCCGCAUACCCCCACCACUCUCCUGGCUGCCGCCAGAUGCCUCUCGCUCUGCAUCUAUCUCGCACCUGGGGACGACCUGAUCAUGUCCUACAUGUACUCGCUCCUCAACUACAUCGCGGCGUCAAGCAAGGACAUCUUCGAUACCUCUAGUAUCACUCCCAAGAGCGCCGGCGACCUCUCCGAUCUUGCGACUAUGCACUCCGGCGACACGAGCCUUCGUGGCCUAUCCGAAGAGGAGAAACGCACAGUGGGCAUCAGCACUAUCUCCGUUGCCACCCAGCUCGCUUUGGAGAGCAAGUCUGAGGAGGUUUCCCGUCUUACCGUGUCCAUGCUUCUGCAACGCAUGCGUUCUGCUGAACCCACCGUGGAAGCUGCGAUUGCCUACAAUCUGGUAGAUUUGGCGCUCACUGCCCCUCAAAGUUCAUUCAUCGACAUCAUCCGAGCUUUCUCUUCGAUCAAUCGGUCAGCCAACUUGGACGAUACUCGGUUCUCGAACAACAUGGUUCUCGCUGCACAAACCCGUCUUGCCAAGGAGUUGAGGCGCCGUCCCGAGCUCUACCAAAUUUACUUGGUUGAGCUCUUGACCCUUUUUGCCGACAAGGGCGUUGCUAUUCAAAACGCAGCGAUCGCAAACCAGCGGGCGAAGCUUGAAGAGAUGUCAGAGCAGCUUGCAUCGUUGCUGCUUCCAAUCGACGCAUUGUUGGGACACAGCGAUUUCGAUCUUGGUCCCGACAUCUCUUACAAUGUCGUCACCCUCUUCCGUAACAUGUGGUUCCUGUGCGUUCUGUUUGGGUUCACAGUCCCCAACAAUCAGCCUCACAACGCGAUGGAAUGGCGUCAACCCGCUCUUGCUCGUAUCGCCGCUCGGACCCCAUCCAUUGUUCUUGAAGAAGCGCACGACACCAUCGUCAGCGACCUCGAUUAUAACACCGUCAUUCGGCAAGAGUACGUCGAUAUGGCACUCGGUCCCACCCGCGAGACGGUCAUUGCGAAGUCCCGCGCACUGCUCUCCAAGCACAUCCCCUUGCGGGUUAGUGAAGUGCGGUACCUCGUCCCCGGGCAAGUCCUCUUCCUCUUGGCAAUGCACGACGUGGAAAGCAUGCGCGCAGCCUCAGGCCGCCCGUCUUCUCUUGUUUCUUACUUCGUCAACAAGGGCAUCAACAAGAACGCCGGGCUGUUGGCUUGCAUGGAAGGUGUUGCGGAGAAGGUAAUCAGGGGCGCAGUGUCAGACCUCAACGGUCUGGCCGCAAAGCAAGCACUUCCGCCAGUUCUCCCAGUCGAGCUUCGCGCGCUUUUGGUCGCCAGCACCCAUCGCAUUCCGAAGGCGCGCGACAUCGCGUCACGGUACCUCAACAGGCUCAUCACGUCAUUCCCCUCGCUCAUGUGUGACCAACCACUGGUCUUCGCAAUUCUCGAGGUCUUGACACUUCUGCGUCAAGCCACUGAAAAUGAGUACCUAGACGAGGAUAACCCAACCUAUGUGUAUCGCUCUGACCGCGCAGAUCUUGAGCUCCAGUUGUCAGACAACUACGAGGCCAGGAAUCAGAUGCUAUCCCAGUUACAGCGCGAUUCCGCCAACUGGUUCGAGCUUGCGCUCAGCAGGGCUCCUAUGGAACUUCACUCUACGUUGCAGAAAUACCUCACCACAAUCGAGGCUGCAUCGCUGUCGGACUCCUCUGAACUCGGAGCCUCCGUUGCUGUUCAGUGGGCGAAGGCCAUUGGUCCCAUUGAUAGGAAGUUGUCAUCGCUAGCUUCAAUGUCCAUGUUCAAGCCGGAUCGGGCGAAGACGAUGGCGAGCCAACUGGCGUCAAAGGGUUAUUACACGGGCGAGGCUGCCGGAUACCGGAUCGGACGCGCGAGCGGGAUGGACGAUCUGGACGAUCCGCUCAAGUUCGUGCCAGCGCGUGAACUCACCCAAUUGAAGUCUAGGAUUGCCGAGGCCAUCUCUGCCAUCCGGAACAAGCAGAGCGUCCUGACGAUUUCUGACUUGAAGCGACUUCUGUUCCGCGCGGCGUCCUCUCUCAUAUUCUUCGAUCAGUGGGAUUACGAACUGGCACACUACAUCGUCGCGCUUCCCUUUGAGGCCUUCACUCAACCGGCUAUCUCUGCGGGGAUCGAAUCAUGGUCUUGGGUCAUUGCAGAGCGACCUUCUUACGAGGUAACGAUGAUGUCUGAAAUUGCGUCUGCGUGGGACACCAGCGUGAAGCUGGGCAAGGGCCUGUUUUCAAGAGCCAAAAAUUCGCACAGCUACCAAGACCCAUUCCUCCACGAAAUCGAGUAUUCUCCGACAGACAAAGCUACUAUCGAUCGCGCAGCACGAGCGGCCCAACGACUCCUCACUCCGCACGCCCUAGUCCUUCGGCUUCUAUUCAGUCGCUUGCAAGCUGCCAGGUAUCGCAGGCCUGGGUUGAUGCUGUUGUUCCAGCGACUUGCACUAUCUACCCAUCCGCUCUCCCGUCAAGCGCGGUUCACAUUCCUGUUGUUCGCGUUCGAGACGCUGAAGAGUUCUUACCUGGACGUCUUCUGCGAGAAUCAACUUCGGCUUAGUGUCUACCACGCGGCGUAUUCCUGGUUCACGACCCGUCCACAAUGGUCGUAUGGCUCGAACAGGGUUGUCGUCGAUGCAGACAUCAAGGUCUUGUCCGAAUUCUUGUCCUACCUGCAAGCAGAUUCCAUCCGAGGGUAUCCACCAAUCUCUAGUCUAGCACCUGCCCACGCCCCAUCGCAGUACUCUCAUUACGUCGCUUUGCUGAAGAACCUUGGCCUCCCUGUUCGACUCUUGGUCGAGAACGAAGUCUACCGACUCGGUGUGUGGGGCAACCCAGCAAACGACGUCAAGCGUGGAACAGACCACCUCUCUGCGUUGGAGAAGACGAUGUUGGACAAUACUUGGACCAGUACUGUACGCAGGACGUGGGAGAUUGACCCUGCCAUUGCCGUCCACAUGGCGGAGCGCUUCAAUCAUCCGGCCGUUCAGUCUGCUGUUGGUUCUCUCGUCCGCUCGGCAACUCCAGAGGUCCUCGAUGUUCCCGAGGGGCUUCGCUUCCUUGUCGGUGAGAAGUUGGACACCGGCGUUCAGCGGGAUCUUCGGUACCUGCUCUUGUGGGCCUCGGUGGCGCCUGUCCUCGCCAUCACCUUCUUCGAAAGGCGUUACAACAACCACCCUCAACUCCUCCAGUAUGCCCAUAGAGUACUCGAAGGGCACCCGGUCGAAUUGACAUUCUUCUUUGUGCCGCAAGUAGUGCAAGCCCUUCGCUACGACGAUCUUGGAUAUGUCUCUCGCUUCAUCUUCGAGACUGCCAAAAUCUCCCAGCUCUUCUGUCAUCAGAUCAUCUGGAACAUGAAGGCCAACUGCUAUCGCGAUGACGCUGGAGAAAUGGAGGAUCCUCUAAAGCCGGUGCUGGACAAGAUGACUGACAUGGUCGUCGAUUCACUCUCCGGUGACGCACGUAACUUCUAUGAUCGCGAGUUUGGAUUCUUCAACGAGGUCACGUCCAUCUCUGGGAAGCUCAAGCCUUUUAUCAAGAAGACCAAGCCGGAGAAGAAGGCCAAGAUUGACGAAGAAAUGGCCAAGAUCGUGGUCGAAGUCGGUGUCUACCUGCCCAGUAACCCAGAUGGAAAGGUUAUCGACAUCGACAAGAAGUCGGGUCGCCCGCUUCAGAGUCAUGCAAAGGUCACUGUUUUCGUCGUCAUCACUGGACAUGUCCGCAAAGAACGACUAGUCGAACGAGCAACCUCCGAUAACGUUCUGGAAGCGGACGGCGGAAAAGAAGAGGUCGAAGAGUACGACAUCUGGCAGCAGGCCAUCUUCAAGGUCGGAGAUGACUGCAGGCAAGACGUUCUCGCCCUGCAGGUCAUUGCGAUGUUCAAGAACAUCUUCACGAGCGUGGGCUUGACUCUCUACGUGUUCCCCUACCGCGUGACUGCUACUGCCCCGUGUGGUGUCAUCGAUGUCGUGCCGAAUGCAACAUCUCGUGACGAAAUGGGUCGGGCCAAAGUCAACGACUUGCUGGACUUCUUCGUGGCGAAAUAUGGAGGCGAAGACACUGUCGAGUUCCAGAAGGCUCGCCUCAACUUCAUUCAAUCCAUGGCGGCAUACUCGGUCGUUUGUUACAUCUUGCAAGUUAAGGACAGGCACAACGGCAACAUUAUGAUUGACGGCGAGGGACACAUCGUUCACAUCGACUUCGGAUUUUUGUUUGACAUAGAUGAGUUUGGUGUCAAAUUCGAGCCAAACUCGUUCAAGCUCACACACGAGAUGGUUGUUUUGAUGGGUGGGCGGUACUCACAAGGAUACCAACUCUUCCAGCAGUUGACAGUGAAAGCGUUCCUCGCCAUCCGUCCACAUACCGACCAGCUGGUCAGCACCGUCCAGCUAAUGCUGGACACGUACCUUCCGUCCUUCAAGGGUGAACCGACGAUCAAGCGGCUCAAGGAUCGCUUCGUCUCGCACAUGAACGAGCGUCAGGCUGCAGACUACAUGAUGUCUACCGUGAGGAACGCGCACGAGAACGUGCGUAGUACCGCAUAUGAUGAGUUCCAGAGGGGUGCGCAGAACGACGGCACCGGAUCACUGAUCCUGCCCAAUCGCAAGCUGGGUGACAAGUUCAUGAAAUUGGUCUGCGAAGAGAAGAAGGCGAUCGUCCUGAACGGCCGCAAGAUGCGCUUUUACAGGAGCAAGAGCAAGCCGGGACGAGGACUAAAGGAAACCCUCGAGAAGACACCAUAUCUGCAGCCCGAGCUAGAGGAGAAGCGAGAGGAGAAGCUUCGUCGUCUCGACAUGGCAUUGUACGUAGACAAGUUGCAAUUCGGGAUAUUCUACCGUCCCCCGGGGUCCCCAAUGACCGCCUCACGAGUCUUCUCCAACGAGUACGAAGUUAGUCACAACCACAGAGGGGCCGGGCUGCUAUGGUUCGAGUACGAUCACAAGCUCAUUCGAAUACAGGUAAGAGGCGUGUUCCACUCUCCUGUAAACCCGUUCCUCAGACCAGUGAGCAGCUUGGUGAUAAGACGACAGAAGAGAUUUGCUCAAAUGUAG